AUGAACUCAAUAGAUAUUCAACCCCUUUUUCGAAUGAAAGAUUUAUUGGAAAAAUCUCUAGUUAAAUUAGAAGAAGAGAAAUUAGAUGAAUUGGGGCAAAUGGGAGCCAUCCAAGCCUUUGAAGUUAGUUAUGAAUUUUUGGGUCAAGAGGGAAAAGAAGCUCGUAGUCCUCGCGAAACUUUUCGUUUAGCCGCUCAAUUUGGUUAUUUGGAUAAUCCCCAAAUAUGGUUCGAUUUUGGUAGUCAAAGAAAUUUAACUACUCAUACUUAUCAAGAGGAGAUUUUACGCGAACUACUAAACCUUUUACCAAAAGAAAAAGACCACCAAAUUUUACAGCAAAUACUAAGUAAAUAUCCUUACCAAUUCUAUGCUUAUGGUUCCCGAGUAAAAGGAACUGCCCGAAAGUUUUCCGACUUAGAUAUUUGUUAUCAAGAAGAGAUACCUCUUUCUGUCAUCAGUCGAAUUAGGGAAGAAUUAGAAGAAUCAGACUUGCCUUUUAUGGUCGAAUUAGUAAAUUGA